UUUGGCUGUAGUUAGCGCCGUCUCCGGAUUAACAUAUGUUAGAUGAGUUCAGAAGAAGACGAGUUUUUCGAUGCACCGGAAGCCUUAGGUUGUGGUUACAGUUGCCGAAAUUUCAGUGACAAUGAAGAUGAGUUAAUUCGCACCUCUUAUGACUUCGAUAGUCAGAAUGCUCGUCGCCGAAGCCGCGUGGAAUCCAUUAAGAAGAAUUUGUUGGAUAAAUCUUUUUCUUUGGGCUAUUCAUCUGGAAUCUCAAAUCUUAAGGCGAAGGGUGAAAAAAACUCUCUUUCGCUCCGCAACACGAGUGAUGUUGUCUCUCCUACAAGUAGGAUACAUCAAUCAGAGGUUGAAUUCGCUGAUUUAUUAAGUGGGAAAGAAGUUUUCAGUUCAGACCAAGAGUUACUACAGAGACUUAGUCUAUACUCUAAACCGGAUUUCCGUUUCCUCAGUUCACAACAAGAAAAUCCAAGUCUACCGCCGUACAUAAACUUUCCAGAACCAUCUAUACCUAACCACUUAAGUCUGCUGAAUAGUGAUAAUACUCAAAAGCAACUAAUGAAAACACAGUUUGCCGAAACACAGACUAUCUUUCGAGAAAGUGAACCAUUACAAUAUCCUACUGAGUGUACAUUUCGACCGCCUAUCGAUGUCACUUUGUACGGCCAUUCAAUUGCAACUUCAACUAAUCCUCCAUCAACAUACAGAUUUAUGCAUCCAUCCAUCAUGAAUACUGAUGGCGUUUUAUCUCACCUACCUGCUGAUACUGAAGAAUAUAAUUUUUCUGGCGAUGCGAAUCUCCCCGUAGUUCAGCAUCUCAGGUCUCAGGUGGUAUCAUCAACACCUGAGGUAUCAAAUCGAAGUGCGGAUGCUAAACAUCUCUUGGAUUAUGUUAAAUCUUGGUCGUUGGAUGCAGCUAGACAACAGGGUUCAGGAAUAACAGUCAAUGGAACCGCAGCACUGAAUCGUAUCACAAAUACUAAUCUCCCGUCACAUCCAACAAACCAACUGGACUCGACUGCUAUCAAGUCAUUAUAUAGCACAGCAUUUAAUCAUUCACAAUAUGAAUCCAUGUUCCCACAAUCGACUAUUUCUGCUGCUGCCUCUGCUACUACUGCUACUACUUCCACUACCUACAAUCGAACUGGUGAGCCUUUAGAUCUGUGUUCCCGUCAGUCGCUCAGACUAGUUAGUACUAGUGUACAAACUGAUUUAAAUUUGAAUGAAAGAAAUCUACUAUUGGUUAUUGCUGCUGCUGCUGCCGGUGGUGAUGGUACUAUUGGUGGAGGUGGUGGUGGCGGUGGUGAUAAAAUGGUAAAGUCGUGUUCAGCUACACUGAAUAGUGAAAAACAGCUUGUCAAUCCUAUAGAGAUACAAUUCCGUGAUCGUACAAAAAGCAAUUCAAGUCUUCCACUCACUCCGUUGACUGAACAGUCAACUGAUUUCUCGACUACAUGUGAACUAAAUUCAACUGGCGUAUUAGGUAAAAUGUUGAAAAUUCAAAAGUACUUUCGUGGCGCUGUAAGUGCAAUGAAAUCUGCAACUAAAAAUAAGAUUUUCAAUCCAGACGAAGAGUCGUCUGAUGAAGAUGAAGAGGUUAUUGGAAAUCAAGGUAUUCGUUUAAGAUCAUCUAGACAGGCAAGAGGAAGACGUGAAUUCCUUCAAAUCAAACUAGUUCAAGAAAUGAAAAAUGAACACACUGGUGCUAUAUGGGCUAUGCGUUUUUCACCUUGUGGUCGACUACUAGCCACUGCUGGAUAUGAUCGGAAUAUUCGAAUAUGGGUUUUACGCCAGUGUUAUUCAUAUUUCAAGGGAAUGCAACGAAGUUCUACUCCACCUCCUACUAAUACCAAGUACAAUUCAGUGAAUACAUUCAUGACAAAUACCUUUAAUACUGCAAAUAAUGAUACUGUAUCAAAUGUGAUGUUAGAUGAAGAAAAUCGGUUGGAUACACUGAGUCUGGCAUCAACCUCGAUAUCAACGUCAGGUAAAACUGACUUUAGUGAAGCUGAUGGAGCGUCUAGUAGCAGUUCUGCACCCGGAUGUUCUGGUGUUCAUCUUGGCGUCACUGAUGACAGGCCUUCACCACCAUCAUCCAGUGGUGGGAGUACAAAAAAUAAUUUAAAACAUUCAAUACCUGUACCGGCAAUAGUGAUGAACCCAGCAUCAGCAUCACUACCUCCGAUUGUUGUAUCUGAUUCACAAAGAGAACGUAAAACUGUAUUCCGUUCUAAACCAUUAUUAGUUUUAAGAGGUCAUGAAGGUGUUGUCACUGAAUUAGCAUGGUCAAAAAAUUUAUUCCUUCUAGCAACUAGUAUGGAUCAUCAAGUUCGUCUUUGGCAUAUUAGUCGACGUGAAUGUCUCUGCGUAUUUAGUCAUAAUGAUACAGUACCGACAAUUGUAUUCCAUCCAAAGGAUGAUCGUUACUUCCUGUCUGGAAGUUUAGACGGGAAACUUCGACUAUGGAAUAUUCCUGAUAAAAAAGUUCGUUUUUGGGUUGAAGUUCCUGUACCGAGUGCUUUACCAGUCUCUACAACUUCUCUGUCUUCAGCAUCUUCAUCGAAUACAGUGACCAGUUUGUUUACACGUUCUAGUCCAUAUAACAAUUCACAGUAUACAACAUCUAUCCUCGGUUUAUCCAAAGGUGGUGUUGGACCUAAAACAGUGAUUACUUGUGCAACAUUUGCUUGUGAAGGCACCAAGGUUGUUGUUGGGACAUACGAUGGACGUGUAUUGUUCUUCAAUAGUGAGCUGUCAUACAUAACUUUUAUAACAAUCAAAUCUGGUACUACAAAAGGUCGUCAUUGUCGUGUGACAGCAAUUGAAUGUGAUCCAGCUGAUUCUAAUAAGAUUCUGGUCACAUCAAACGAUUCACGUCUACGUUUAGUCGAUGCUCGUGAUUAUCAUACCUUGUGUAAAUAUCGGGGAUUUGUCAAUGAAACUAGUCAAAUUCGUGCAUCUUUUAGUCCAACUGGUCGAUAUUUAAUAUCAGGUUCAGAGAAUGCCUUUUUUUAUAUCUGGCAAAAAUCAUUAGAUGUAGACAGAGUAUCACGUUUCUCACGAGUACGUAAAGAUAGAAAUAAUUGUUGGGAGGCAAUAAAAGCUCAUGAUACAAUGGUCACUGUAGCUGUCUUCAGUCCCAACCCAAAUCUAGUAUUGGAUAAACACUAUUUUAAACAGAGAACACAGAAUUCCUGUUUGAUCGCCUCAAAGCAUUCUGAUGCAAAUCUCAAAAGUCAUCAUCAUUAUCAUCAUCGUCGUAGACAGUUGAGCUCAGAUCAAUUAGCAAUCUCAGGCGGGAAUUCUAAUGCCGAUAGACAAACAUGGAUGUAUUUAGGUGAAGUUGUUGUCUCAGCUGAUUGUAAUGGGUGUAUUCGAGUAUUCAAGAAGUAUGCAUCCAGUGAAUUGGCACAAUCUACUUCUACUUGAUAUUGAACGGAAAGUGGCCUUGGAGGAAGGUAGGAAAAAAGGGAUUAUUCGCCGAGGUGUAUGUUAGCCUGUAAAGUCUCUUUAUAUUUAUCAUCUUGUAUAUAUAUGUGCAUACAUAGUAUGGCGUUUCUUCGCUUGUUACAUUCCCUUCCAUACAUACUUAAUCACAGCGCGCCUGUCGUCUGUCCUACACAACCACAAUUCAAUUGCUCAAUUGUUUUCAGUAAAUAUGUAUUCUUUUUUGUUAUUAUUAUUACUAUUAUUAUUAUUAUUUUGUAUACUCAUUUUUGUAAAACUUUAUUUUGGUUUUAUGAGGUUUCACAUUAGUUUUUUCCUUAAUAUUUUUAUUAUUUCUUCCCAACUUUAGUGACUUGAAUGCUCUUUUCCUUUGCUAUUUUUGUCACCGACACAUACUACGUCUAAUAUAUACUACUAUUAAUAAAAAAAUUAACCUUUUCAUUUUAUUUUCGUUACAUGUAUAAUAAUUUUGCUCACAACAUGGAUUAUUGCUUAGCUUAUCUUCUUCUUCUCUUGAAUGGUCGAUUGUUGGAAGUGGCUAGAUCGACUUGUGUGUAUAUAU